AUGAAGGGGGUGCAGAGGAGCCAGGGCACAUCAGUUGUGCCGGUGGGGACAGCGGGCCGGGAGCAGUCUGGCCCCGAUUUCUAUGUGCCCUUCUCCAACAUCACAGGUGUGGUGCGCAGCCCCUUUGAGCACCCACAGUACUACCUGGCUGAACCCUGGCAGUUCUCCAUGCUGGCAGCUUACAUGUUCCUGCUCAUCGUGCUGGGCUUCCCCAUCAACUUCCUCACGCUCUACGUCACCGUACAGCACAAGAAGCUACGCACACCGCUCAACUACAUCCUGCUCAACUUGGCCGUGGCUGAUCUUUUCAUGGUCUUCGGAGGAUUCACCACCACGCUCUACACCUCACUGCACGGCUACUUCGUCUUUGGGCCCACGGGAUGCAACAUGGAGGGCUUCUUCGCCACACUGGGUGGUGAAAUCGCCCUGUGGUCCCUGGUGGUCCUGGCUAUUGAGCGGUAUGUAGUGGUCUGCAAGCCCAUGAGCAACUUCCGCUUCGGAGAGAACCAUGCCAUUAUGGGUGUGGCCUUCACCUGGGUCAUGGCGUUGGCCUGUGCUGCUCCCCCACUCGUCGGCUGGUCCAGCGUGUGUUCCCUUCCAACCCUAUUGUCCCUUGCACUGACCCUCAGGUACAUCCCCGAGGGCAUGCAGUGCUCGUGUGGGAUUGACUACUAUACGCUCAAGCCCGAGGUCAACAAUGAGUCCUUCGUCAUCUACAUGUUUGUGGUCCACUUCACCAUCCCUAUGAUCGUCAUCUUCUUCUGCUAUGGGCAACUGGUUUUCACAGUCAAGGAGGCGGCUGCCCAGCAGCAGGAAUCAGCCACCACGCAGAAGGCAGAAAAAGAAGUCACCCGCAUGGUCAUCCUCAUGGUCAUCUUCUUCCUGAUCUGCUGGCUUCCUUACGCUAGUGUGGCCUUCUACAUCUUCACCCACCAAGGCUCCAACUUUGGCCCCAUCUUCAUGACCCUGCCGGCUUUCUUUGCCAAAAGCUCCUCCAUCUACAACCCGGUGAUUUACAUCAUGAUGAAUAAACAGUUCCGGAACUGCAUGCUCACUACCCUCUGCUGUGGCAAGAAUCCCCUGGGUGAUGAUGAGGCGUCUGCCACUGCCUCCAAGACGGAGACCAGCCAGGUGGCCCCAGCUUAAGCCUGGCCAGAGACUGUGGCUGACUGUAGGAGUCUCCUGUCCCAACCCACCCCAGCCACAGGCCCCACCAGGAGCAGCA